AUGAUACGAGGAGUAAUAGUGAUGAAUGAUCUAGGCAAGCCUCGUCUCGUCAAAUUCUACGAAUUUCAGCCAGCGGAGAAGCAGCAGGAGCUCAUUAGAAGCAUUUACAGAGUUCUAUGCAGUAGAGCUGAAAAUGUGAGCAAUUUCGUUAAGUUUGAUUCGCUAUUUGGACCGGAUGUGAGGAUUGUGUACAAGACUUACGCUACUCUGUACUUUGUAUUCAUAUUUGAUAGCUCUGAGAAUGAGCUUGCAAUGCUAGAUCUUAUGCAAGUUUUUGUUGAGGCAUUGGACAAGUGUUUCGGUAAUGUAUGUGAGCUUGACAUGGUAUUCAACUUUAACAAGAUGCAUAUUAUUUUGGAUGAAUUCAUUUUGGGUGGUCAAGUUCUAGAGACAAAUUCUUCAGAAGUUGUGAAGACAAUUGAAGAAAUCUCAAAGAUGGAGAAGUCUGCAAAUUCAAUCAUGGCAGUUCCAUCAAUUCCUGCACUGAUUAUUUCCUCUUUCGUACCUACUGGUUGGGAGCUUAUCCUGUCAAUUCUGUUAAGCAUGAAUCAGGGUGUGGACGAUGUGGACUACCUGAAACUGAGAUGCACACACUCUUCUGGUGUUCACGGGCUAAGGCCAUAUGGAAAGAGGCGGGUUAUCGGUUUGUUAUUAAAUCAUGUGAUCAUGCAGAUGUGGCAGGAAUGUUGGCUCCUCGAGAGCACUGAACACACACAGCAGAGAGGCACAGCUAGCAUCAAUGCAGAAGUAGGACAAACUUCGGAAAUUUUAGGGGAGAAAUUGGAGCGAGGGUUCAUUAGUGUUGGGACAGUAAUCCGGGUGAACCGAUGA